AUGAGAGAUUACGAUGAAAUCACUUCUUUUCUGGGAACAUGGGGUCCGUUCCAGCUGACUGUUUUCUUUGCAUUAGCUAUAAGUAUCCUUCCAAAUGGUUUUGUGGGCCUCUACAUCGUUUUCGUGGGUGAUACGCCACCUCACGAGUGUCUGAUCCCUGAGGAGAACAACAUCAGUGACGUGUGGAGAGAAGCCGCAAUCCCAACGGAGAUGCAAGAUGGCGUUUCGAAGCGCAGUUCCUGCUCCAGAUACAACAUGGAAACACUGAGACAGUUCUCCAUGCGUAACUACACCCCAAAUGUGGAUGUCAAUGUCAGUGAGAUAGAGACAGAGUCCUGUAUGAAUGGCUGGAACUACAGUAAAGUGAUUUACGAGUCUACGAUAGUGACAGAGUGGGACCUGGUUUGUGAGGACGAGUACAAAGGCCCACUGACCUCAUCUAUAUACUUCUUUGGUGUGUUGGUGGGGACCUUUCUUUCAGGACAGAUGUCUGACAGGUACGGCAGAAGACCUAUACUUUUUGCCAUGAUGGCUAUGCAGACAGUGACCAUCAUAAUCCAGAUGUUUUCUCCAAGCUGGGAAAUCUUCACUGCCAUCUACUUCCUUGUGGGAUUCAGUGGUUUUUCUAAUUAUGUUGUUGCAUAUGUCUUGGGUUGUGAGAUUCUGAGUCCAGCGAGUCGGGUGGUGUUCGGUUCUCUGGGUAUCUUCAUGGGAUCUGGGAUUGGUCAGAUGUUCUUUCCAUUAGCAGCUUACUUCAUCCGCAGCUGGCGAUGGCUGGUGCUCACGAACGCCCUCACUGGACUCCUGUAUCUACCGCUGUGGUGGUUUAUUCCCGAGUCUCCCCGAUGGCUUCUCUCUCAGGGACGGAUAGCAGAGGCCGAGGCCAUACUGAGACUCGCGGCUCACAAGAACAAGGUCUCCGCUCCUGAAGUCCUCUUCACUUCAUCUGAGAUUGAGGAGGCAGCAAAGAUGAGGGAGAAAAAGCACAAUAUUCUGGAUAUUCUGAGGAACUCUAAUGCUGUUUUAACCAUCACGAUUUGUUCAUUUCUGUGGAUGGUCAUCACCAUGUCUUACUACGCUCUCAUCCUGAACACCACAAACCUUCAUGGAAACCCGUACCUGAAUUUCUUCCUGUCUGCGGUGGUGGAGGUCCCAGCGUUCAUCAUAGCCAUGCUUCUGCUCCGCUUCUGCGGGAGGAGGCUCUGUCAGGCCUCCACUCUUCUAAUGGGUGGAGCAAUGAUCUUCAUCAUACAGCUCAUUCCCACAGACCUAAUGGAGUUGGCAACCUUACUGGAGAUGCUGGGAAAACUGGGUGUUACCGCUGCAUUCUGCGUAGUUUAUGCCGUGACUUCAGAACUGUUUCCGACUGUGGUGAGGAACAUGGCCAUGGGAACCUGCUCCAUGAUGGCUCGCAUAGGGAGCAUCGUUUCCCCCUUCAUCAUAUACUUGGGUAACUACUAUAGAUACAUUCCUUAUAUUGUCAUUGGAAGCCUGGCAGUGUUUGCUGGCUUAAUUACUUUACUGUUACCAGAAACUAAAGGAAAAGUUCUCCCUGAGACCAUUGCUCGGAUGCAGCGAAUAAAAGGGUGA